CUCUGCACAUGUAUGCAUUUUACUUCCUGGUCUGAAAUCUACAUUUUCACAUAAUUUUAUUUACCAUAUGGAUUUAUACUGUAGUGGUUCAUGUGGUUGGGUGAUAAAUAAGGUCAAACAACAAUUAGAUCUUGAGACUAAGAACAGGGAACAGCAAAGUUGAAGCUAGAUUUGCCAAAACAGAGCAGACCUUGCAAAGAUGAGUGGGUGGUUUGAUUAUGGGCGUAGCAAUGGGGGACCUACCCUUUACUCUCCAAACAAGACGGCAGUGACGGUAGAUGUCCUUGAGGCUGGGUUCAUAUUUGCAGUUCUCAUAGUGUUUUUUUCCUUCCUUCUUAUUCUUCCUGGUGUCAGAGGAACUGAGAGAGUUAAAGUUGCAAUAAGAAUCACAGUGAGCCUGUUUAUAGGUGCCUGUAUAAUGAUAUGCAACUUUGGCCAAGAAUGGGAAGUUGGUCAUAUCAAAACACACACUCAAUAUAAAGCUGGGGUCAGUGAUGAGAUUGAAGCCAACAUUGGAAUGAAAAUAGGUCUACGGAGUAUCAACAUCACAUUGAAAGGUGAUCCAGUAAGGCAAGAAAUUGCAAACAUAACAGAGACAAUCAACUACAAUGAGAGGUUUCAUUGGUCGAACCCUUGGGGCCAAGGACGUAGGGGCUUCAGCCAAUUUGCUGGCAACAUAAACCAAGAAUACAGAGCUGCCAACUUCAAAGGUCUCCCCUAUCCUAUACUAUGGAUAGCUGAGUACUUCGUAUUUGAUGGGGAAGGUAUACGUUGGGGCAGAUACUACAGAUGGUCAGGCUUCUACUCACACAUCAUGAUAUGGUUAGCGUUUCCUCUGUGGAUUAUUGCAAACAUCUUAUCAUUUAUGGUGAUACGUUACUCAAGUUACCUUCUGGGAAUGACAGGUGGAUGUCUUCUUAUCGCCAACAUUGUGUAUGCAUCUGUUCGCAAUCCAACAGAUCUCACGAUUCCAUUUGAAGAUGAUAUAAUGAAAUUAGCUUGGGGUUGGACAUUCUGGCUCAACUUGGUUAAUGGUAUUAUCUGCUGUAUUAUAGCUAUUGUCAUGUUCCUGAUGGACAUGUUAUGCCAGGACAAAAUUGCAGAGUUCUUUGGAGUAGACCCUUUACAGGACUAUGAGGAAUAUUAUACAGAUGGCUCUGAAGGGAAAUCAGGCAGUGAGAGGAAAAUGGCCAAGGCUGCCAGUUCACAAAAUGGUCAUGAUACAAAUGAUGAAGCAGCUAUAGGGGAUGCGACAAAUAAAAGAGAAUCUCAGUUGCAACCACACUAUAGAAGACGGGGAUUUACCAUCACAAGCAAACAGGUAAAAAAGAGCUUACGUCGACCUCGUGCAGCUCCACGUCAGGGUGAAGUUAACAAUGGAAUUGGCUCUAUAGAGGAAGAUGAACAAAUUACAAGUAAUAUGUUGGACAAUUCGUCAAGCGUAUCAGGAGAUGGAGAGGGUGAACUGUAUGAGAAUGCGGAUCAGUUUGCCAAACAUCAGCAGCAACAGCAAAGAACAUUGGAUGCUCAGAGUGGGGUAUACAUAGAGCUGUCAGACAAAUAA